AAAAAAUUUUGAUCUUAUUAAAUUUAUAAUUUUAUUUAUAAUUCUACGAGUUUAUUACGUGAUGCCAGGAAAAAAAUUAGGUAAAAAGCAUUUCGAAUUAGCCCUUAAAUGGAUGCCAUCAGCUAUCACAUAUGGAUCUGGUGCAGGUUUGGCUCUUCUAUAUUUUACUGAUUGGAAACUUAUUCUACAGUAUGUACCGUAUUACAGAGGAAAAUUUCAAAAUUAAUUGUAAUAUAAAUACAAUAUAUGUAGCUUCUAUUAUGAUGUUAUAAAAA